AUGCUCUCGUUUAAAACUCUUUGCGCUACAGCUUUCGCUCUUACUGCCGUUUCGGCUGCCCCUCAAGCCGACCCAUUUGCUUUCGCUAAGGCUGUCGGACUCCCAGUUGCCGCAGAGGCAAGUUACGCUUGCCACGCUUCCUGUGGUUACGCUAUUUUGGCUGCCCGUCAGUGUUCCGCUACUGGCUCCGAGGAUUCAGACUACGACUCCAGCUGUCUCUGUGCUUCCGACGGUCAAUUCUUGUCUUACGUCCCAGACUGCCUUGACUGUGGAUGGUGUCUGUGGGAUGACUACGGAACCUACUUGACCUCUGCUUUGGCUCAAUGUUCUACCAGCACCGAGCCAACUGGUACUGCUUGUGCCUCCAGCACCGCAGCAGCAGCAUCCACCUCCUCUGUUGCUGCUGAGUCCACCGAAGUCUCUUCUUCGUCGGCUGCUUCCUCAACCGAAGCUUCCGAGACCUCUUCCUCUUCGGCUGCCUCCUCAACCGAGGCCACUGAAGAGACUACUUCCUCUACCCAGGCUACAACCGAGGCUACUGAAGUCUCUUCUUCAUCUGCUGCUGCCUCGACCGAGGCCGCUACCUCCGCUGCUGCUACUACUUCCUCUGAGGCUGCCGUUUCCUCUGAGGCUGCUGCUUCCUCUGAGGCUGCUGCUUCCUCUUCCGAGGCUGUCAGCUCUUCUGAGGCCGCUAGCUCCUCUGCCCAAGCUGAAACCCAGGCAGCCGAGUCUAGCUCCGUUGCUUCCACUUCAGAGGCCCUGUCCAGCUCCUCUUCGUCCAACUCUAGCGGAACCAUCUCCACUUACUCGGGAGCUGGUGCUAAACUCGCCGUUGGAGCUGGUGCCGCUAUUGUCGGUCUUGCAGCUCUGCUUAUGUAA